AUGCCAUCUCAAUCAACCUCCCAGCGCUUAAACGUCAUCGCCCUAAUCUCCGGCGGAAAAGACUCCCUCUACUCCAUCCUGCACUGCAUUCGCAACGGCCACAAAGUCGUCGCAUUAGCAAACCUCCACCCACAAUUGAGAGAAAAGACCACCGGAAAUGACGAUGAAGAACCCGAUCUCGACAGCUUCAUGUACCAAACAAUCGGCCACAGCAUAAUCCCGCUAUAUGAAUCCGCUCUCGGAAUCCCACUCUAUCGCGCAGCCAUCACAGGCGGAGCAGUCGAUACUUCAAGAAUAUACCGACACGAUGCCGCAGACCAAGCAGCCGAAACAAGAACAGAUGAUGAUGAUGAUGAAACCGAAUCUCUCGUCCCACUCCUGCGCCGUGUCAUGGAAACUCACCCAGAAGCUAAUGCCGUUUCUGCUGGAGCUAUCCUAUCCACGUACCAGCGGACUCGAAUUGAGAAUAUCGCUGGCAGAUUAGGUCUUGUACCGCUCGCCUGGUUGUGGAUGUAUCCCCAGCUCCCGGCGCCGGUUGAGCGGGAUGCGGAUCCCCUUGCUGUCACUGAGGCGGGUUUGUUGGAGGAUAUGGCAGCGGUGGGGUGCGAUGCUCGGAUGAUUAAGGUUGCGUCAGGUGGAUUGGAUGAUGCGUAUUUGUGGGAGAAUGUUUCUGGAUCUGGGAAUGGCGGGCGGGCGUUGCGGAGACGGAUGGCGAGGGGGAUGGGGAGAUUUGCCGCGGAGGAUAUUCGGGGGGCGGUUUUGGGGGAGGGGGGUGAAUAUGAGACUUUGGCUUUGGAUGGGCCUAGUUUUCUUUGGAAGAGUAGGAUUGAGAUUGAGGGGCGGGAUGUUGGGACUGGGGAGGGGGGUGUGGGGUUUUUGAAAUUGAAGGGGGCGAGAUGUGUGGCUAAGUCGUCCGAGGAGGUGAAGUAUGAGCCGAGUGAUGUGAGGAGACCUGCGUUGUUGGAUGCUCAGUUCACUGCUGCGUUGAAGGAUGUUUCUGCAUCGAUUGAGCUGCCAGUGGAUACAGAUGAGAUCAUUGGCAAGAAUCGUGAACCGGCGCCUGCUUGGUCUGUCUGCGAGCCACGGAACUAUCGAUCUGCAUCAACAUGGACGAUGGCGAAUUUGGUAGCACCGGAAGCUGGACCUGAUGCUGGUGAGCAGAUGAGUGCGAUUGUCGACAAAGUACAGCUUGCGAUGAAGUCAUUUACUUCUGAUUCGGGAGCUAGGUCUACAGAGGACAUCGUCUUUGCUACCGUGCUGCUGCGCUCAAUGGCAGAUUUUACCUUGAUGAAUAAUGUCUAUGUCUCGUUAUUCAAGAAACCCAACCCCCCUGCGCGGGUCACCGUGGCCUGUGGUGACUCACUCCCAUCCAACGUGAAGGUCAUGGUUUCCUUUGUGGUGGACUUAGGACCACGCAACAAGCGCCAGGGACUGCACGUUCAAUCGCGCUCAUACUGGGCACCGGCUAAUAUCGGCCCUUACUCCCAAGCCAUGUCUAUCCCUCUACGUGACGAAAGUAGGGUAGUUUACAUUGCUGGGCAGAUUCCUCUUGAGCCCGCUUCGAUGGAGGUGGCCACGGAAGGAAAAUCGUGGCUGGAGGAUUACCAUCUUCGAGCUGUUUUGGCUCUCCAGCACCUGUGGCGGAUAGGUGAAUCGAUGGAAGUGGACUGGUGGCUAGGAGCCGUGGCUUUCUUGACCGGCGGAGAGCAUAUCAAGACUCAAGCCAAGGUGGCAUGGCAUCUCUGGAAGAAGAUGCACACCCGUCCUGAUGAUUUAGAGGAUGACGAUGAGGAUGAGGGCCCGCAGCUUGAUGCAUGGGAUAUCAAGUACGGACGCCGAGCGGAAGAGCUCAUCCCUGAAGCUGGUUCCGUUAGCUUACCCAAAUUCUCCGUCCUUGAUUCCGAAGAUGCCCUUGCUAUCCCGCCAUUCCUUGCCGUGGAAGUCGAUGAGCUUCCUCGGGGCAGUGAUAUCGAGUGGCAGGGCUUAGGUAGUCGAUGCCAACAAGCGAAGCUAGAGAGUAAACAGGACUCAGUCUCUACGAACAUUGACGGCAGAUACAGCUAUAUUUGCCAGGAGUUUGGGAGCGAUGUAUCCUUGGGAUCUCUGGAAGACAGACUGCGAUCGUUGAUGAGCACACAUUAUCAGACCCAGGAUCUCUCUCAGAUGGUCAUAUUCACUACGCAACCCAUGGCCGAGGAGCUCUGGUCCGGCCAGUUGGUCCCAUGUCGUUCCAUCUGGGGCCGCGAAGGGCGACCAUUGAAAGCCGCAGUCGUUGUACAGAAAGAGCAAGGCUCUAUUUGA